AUGGUGUUUUGGACGGAUUCCAGAACAGCCCUGGCCUGGAUCAUGGCUGACCCUAGGAGCUACCGACAAUUCGUGUCCUUCAGAGUAGGAGAGAUUCUGGAGCACACCACGGCAAGCGAAUGGCGAUGGGUGCCAUCAAAGUCAAACCCAGCAGAUGAAGCGACUAAAUGGGGCAGCGGUCCGUACUUCGACCCAAACAGUAAGUGGUUCCAUGGUCCGGACUUCCUGCGCCUACCGGAGGAAGAGUGGCCUCAUCCAAAAGAGCCGGUGAUGGUUACUACCGAGGAGAUGCGGGCAUCGAUUCUGCACCACUGUUCAUUCGAGCCGGUGAUUGACUUCGACCGAUUCUCUUCUUGGGAUCGGCUACUACGAGCAACCGCAUUCGCUCUCCGAUUCGUACGCAAUACGACCAAGAUGCACCCGAAAUACACAGGACAACUUCAGCAGUCUGAACUUCGAGCAGCAGAAACUACGAUAUGCAAGCUAGUGCAGUACGACUCCUACCCUGAUGAGAUCGCUGCACUGUCCAACAAGGUACCGAACGAAACCGGGCAGGAGGCUAUCGGGAAACACAGCUCCAUCUACCGAUUAAUGCCGAUUAUGGACGACAACGGGUUGCUACGUGAACGUGGCCGGAUCGGAGCAGCUGCAGACAUCGGCUACAACGUGUGUCAUCCAAUUAUACUGCCGAGAAAUCAUCAUAUCACGGAACUUCUCGUUCGUCGAUACCAUGAGCGAUACCGUCAUGGAAAUACAGAAACGGUGGUUAACGAGAUCCGCCAGCUGUACAGCAUUUCAAGACUGCGGGUGGACUAUUUCGGGCCGCUGCUGGUCAAGCUGGGAAGAUCAAACGUCAAACGCUGGGUCGCAUUGUUCACCUGUUUAACAGUACGUGCCGUCCAUCUCGAAGUCGCGUACACACUGUCAACCGAAUCCUGUAUUUCCUGCGUCCGCCGAUUCGUGGGUCGCCGAGGCCCACCCGCCGAAUUCUUCAGUGACAACGGAACAAACUUCCAAGGCGCUGACCGAGUGCUGCGACAUCAGAUUAGCCAGGGACUGUCCGACACCUUCACUAGUACCAAUACUAAAUGGAACUUCAUUCCGCCAGGAGCACCGCACAUGGGAGGAGCAUGGGAACGCCUGGUGAAGUCAGUAAAACCGCCAUGA